UAUUUGCUUCGGCAAUCCACAGAAUUUCGGAAUAUAUUUUCUUUGUAGAAAUAAUUCCUGUUCGUGAGGGAAUUACGCAUGUGAUACUUUGCCUGCAAACAGUGCUCAAAUCUUCUGUAACGCGCACGAGUGUUGGACUCGUCGACGCUGUGUGCUGACAACAUAAGUAAAUCUGCAUUUAAACCAGCGACCUGUCUGCGUCUGUAGAGCAGUUACAGCAUGAAGCGUUGAACGUUAACGAGGAGCCGUAAGCAUGCGCAGCGAGGACGACGGGGACGCCGUUUCCGUAGCGUCCUGCAAUCCCGAUGCCGACGAUUGUGUAACAGAGGAUGGCUCACCGUCAAGCCAUGACGCCGAACUCGUUUCACAGUUCGGAUCAUUGCUGACUAGUAAAGCUAACCCAGGGGAUGCCUCAUCUUCAGAUCUUUCCCUCAUUGAGCGGCUAGUGCUUGCUCCGAAAACGGUAUGCCUGUUGGGUGACCUGAGCUGCGAAAAUAUCCCACCGUGCUUGAAACUGUUGGAUUUACCUGUGGUUGAAAAUUUGCUCGUGGAAGGUAAACUCCCGCCAGAUUCUUCCGGUGUGCUCUUGUUCGUUACGAGCGAAUGGGAAUCCUGCGCCGUUUCAUACCUCGGUGACCUCAUGAUUGAACAGUCGAAUGCUAUCCAAGGAGGAAACUGCACCAAGUUGCUGGAGCAUCCUGGUGUUGUUCGCUUAGUUUCAUUAGGAGUAAUAGCCUCUCUAGCAGAAACAUCCUCUCGAGAUGAAAUUCUGAAAGAAGUCAUGAGUUUUAAAAGACCAGUGAUGUCUCUUGCUCUUUUACGAGCGCGAUUUGCUUUUACUGGAUUCACGAGUAAGGACUACGUGCGGUAUUUAACGAAACUUGUCCAUCGAAUGGGUGGAAGUGUUAUGCAAGACACUGACAGCACCACGACGCAUCUUGUUGCGAAAAAGGCCUGUGGAAUGAAGUACGCAUAUUGCAAGAUUUACAAUGUUCCGGUGAUGAAAAAGGCGUGGAUUGAAGACUUAUGGGAGGCUGGAAAAAUGGGGAACGAAAAAAGUGUAGAAGUUGAGCAGUAUAUUUGCCCGCUUUUCCACGAACUCCGUGUUGGAUUCUGUGGAUUCAGUCAGGACAAACUUGCUGAAAUCAAAGCUUGUUUGGAGAAGAACGGAGGAAAAAUGGUUCGGCACGAUGCUGAUCGCGUCGACUUUUUGGGCAAGUAUUUCUCAUUUUAUGGUGUUCAGCACUCAUUGUCGGCAGUAUUCGUGAAUGAAGCAACAAUGAUGGAUGGGGCACUUCCUCACGGAAUGAACCCUAAAGCUGUGCUGGUGACAGAAUCCUGGUUUUGGGAAUCGAUGCUUAGAGGCACUGUUCUGAUGGAUGAAUAUCGCUUCAAACCUUUGCGCCCAGACAUGAGUUGCAAAUCGCCGUCUGUUGAAUCCAACCGAAGUAGUGACGCUGGUAACGUGACCAUAGGCUCAUUAACUGGUGAACGGGUUUCCAAAGUACGUCGCAGAAGUUUUCUGAAUCUGAAAGGUGAAAAGCGGAAGAAAGAUGACUCCCUGGGCAGAAGUCCUCGAAUGGAAAUCAGCUCAGAUGCUGAUGGAUCUUCAGGGAAUCACGACGACGGGAAAUCCAAGGACGGCGACGGAGGCAUGAUGAUCGACGUUUUCCCGCCGGGAAAGCGGUCAAUCAUGAAUGGCGAUCAAUCCGUUGCCUCUGUUGGUGACAUUGACCUCACUUCCGAGAGUCUCGGAUCCUUGGAUCAAUCCGGUAUGAUGCACGGUUUGGACGGUCCGACGACGUCUCAGUCAGCAUUGCCUCGUGCUCCAACUGCCCGUCGUCAAGUUUUCUGUGAACUCAUUCAAACGGAGAGGAACUAUGUCAUGGUUUUGGACUUGAUCAUGAAAGCUGGCACCGACUGGAAGCAACAGCAGCGGGACCCGAGACAGAGUUCGGCGAAAAAGCCGGGAUUAGCGUCAUUUGUGAGUCAUCACAACACGUCCACGGAUUCUGUGGGAUUGUUGAAUGCGUCUCAAGCGUCUGUGAGACACGGCGCGAGUUCUCCUCCUCCGAAUGCAUCCGUCACCCUGGAAGUCAUUCAAGAUAUUUCGAGAUUAUCUCCUGCCCCACCUCACAGGGCAUCUGACGCCAUGCCCGAGACCCCUGGAGAACAAACCUUCGAUUCUAGAAUCCUGGAUAAAUUACUAGCCAAUGUGAUCCCGUUGCAAAAGAUCCACGGGCGAUUGUUGAUCGCCCUCCAAAGGCUGGAUGUGACAUGGGACGAAAACGCUCGCGUGGGAGCGGCUAUAGUGGAAGAACUCGGUCGUGACGACGUGAUUCGUGCCUACAAAGCGUACAUCAAGGACGUGGACGUGCAGAAAAGUCAACUGCGAGGACUGGCUGACAAGUACCCCCGGUUUCAUGCGUACUUGCGAGCCAUCGCGUUGAAACCAGAGUAUAAACGUCAGAGUUUGGACGAACUGCUCAUCAGACCCGUUCAGCGAUUGCCGUCCAUGAUGCUGUUGCUCAAGGACUUGAGGAAACGAACCCCGGCAGGGUUGAGUGACCAUACGGAAUUGAACAAGGCGCUGGAGAUUGUGGACAUGACGACUAGUAGGAUCAAUGAAGAGCGGCGGAUAUUUGAUCAGCAGAAGGAGAUUUUGUUGAAGAUGUACGAGAUUCAAGAUUGUCCGCCGGAUUUGUUGUCGUGGAGCGCGGGGCGAAGUUUAAUUGCCGAUUAUGACGUCGUAGACUUGAAUUGUUCGACAAGUGCCAAAAGAGGGGCGCCGCUCGUGCUUUUCUUCUUCACAGAUGUUUUGCUGAUUUGCAAGCGGAGAGUCGGACGAACGGGCGCCGGCGGGAUGAUCAGGUCCAGCCCGAGCGUGGCGAGUCUUCAGGGCGACUCGGACGCCUCUCACCUGCAGCACCACGCGGGCCAGCGUCCUUACAAGUUCCUCUGCUGCCUCGAGCUGCGCUACGUCAAGGCCCUCGUGGACCUGCGCUACGCUGGCCGCGACGUCGACCUCUCCGCCAUCGUGCAAGACGGCAGUUUCGGACUCUGCAUCCAGCGAGACGGCGAGCUGGGCCAGACCAAUUACGCAUUCCACGUGCUGAGAGCCGGGGCGUCGUCGUUGGGUGCAGCGGCGUCGUUGCCGUCGUCGUCGUCGUGUUCAAUGUCGGCGCCGUCGUCGGCCGCGGCGUCUGCCAUGAGUUCGCCGUGCGGCGGCGGCGGCAAGAAGGAGAAUGGAGGAUUGGCGGCGUCGGCGAGUUUGUGCGGGUCGACGUUGAGUUUGUCGGAGAUUGCCGUGAAGGCGGACGGGAGUCCGAAGCAGGACCUGCUUCGGUUGCUCACGGACAAUGUUGUGCGGCAGACUUUCCAAGAUCCGGUCGCGGGAGUAGAAUUUAUGAUUGUCCGUAAUGAAAUCACAGAAGGGACCGAGUGUGAUAUAUGGGUUGGACGAACCUGGUAG